AUGGAACAAAUAACUGAAGAAGCAAUUAAUCAAAGCAUAAUUGAAAAUGAUAUCAAUAAAACAAUUCAAUUAUGUGAGCUAUACCUUAAAAAUAUUGUUGUCACAGGAAAACAAUCAAAAGAAGUUGAAAAUGUGUUUAUUCAUUAUCUCCAUGCUAUGUCAAAUACUGGUGAAUAUGAAAAAAUUAAAAAAAUGUUCGACCAACUAUACAGCAAAAUAAGUGAUGCUUCAAGUAAUGUUGCUAUAAUGUAUAUUAAUGUUUUAGUUCUUAAUGAUAAGAUAGAGGAUGCUGCUACUUUUUCAGCUCAUUACUUAAUUGAAAAAAAGAGAAUAAAUGAGCUAAGUGAAGAAAAAGAAAGUGUUGAAAAAAUGAUAAAUACUUUAAAAGGAAUCAAAUUAGAUAAUACUUCUAAUCCUCAAAUUGUUGAAUUAGUAAACCAAUUAAUAACACAAAUAUUAAAAGAAGUAGAUUGGGAAAAUGAAAUUAAGACUCAACUUGAAAAUGUCUUAAAUACUGAUCUUGUUCAAGAACAAAAAGAUGAUGAAGAAACUGAAGAAGUAGAAGAGGUUAUAGACAAAAACAACUACCAAGUUUCACAAGUUACUUUCUUAAAUAUUUGGACAAGAAAAUUAUGGAGAAGUGCUUGUAGUCUUCUUGACUAUAUAAAAGGUAUAAUGAGAAAACCAACUUGUAAUGAAAUAGUAAUGAUUGGUGUUGGUGCAGCAACAGUAAUUGGAGGAAUUUAUGCCUUAAGAAAAAUGAAAAAAUAA